CUCGAAUUCUCCACAGGACCAUAGAAACACCACACGCACACAACCCGCAAGCCAAAUCGACGAUGAGCUAGCUCACGCGGCCGUUGCCGUUCGUGGUGUGGUGGCCGAUGCGGACGGGACGAAAACCGCCGGCAUAAAAUUUGGCGAUCGCGCGAUCAAGAUCAUUCGAACCAGUGGACCACGGUACUAUACCAGAGGCUCUCUCCUGUGUCGUCCUGCCUCCUUCCGCCCCGCCGCCCCUUAUCUCCUACCCGAGGCGCCGCGCCGGAGCCGGAGCCGGAGCCCGUCCGUGCGAUGCAGACGACGCCGGCGACCAGCUGCGGGGCCCACGGGGCAGCCUUCACCCCAUGCCCCCGCUGCUCCACACCUCAUGGAAGCCUCCGGAAGCCUUUCACAGCUGGCUCUUCUCGGCGGACGCCAGGGCACCACCGGCUCCUCUCUCCCAUGGCUUCCACCGUCGACUCACCCGGGAGCUCCAGCUCCUCCGACUUCGCCAAGCGCAUGGAGCGCGCGUGGCUAAUCUUCCAGCAACCAAGACCAGUUUCUUGCUCUUCCUGUCAAUCUGCUGGCCACGUGGAGUGCAAGUGGUGUGCAGGAACAGGCUUCUUUAUCCUUGGCGACAACAUGUUGUGUGAAGUACCCUCAAGGAAUUCAAAAUGUGUGAUAUGCUCUGGAAAGGGCUUCACAAGUUGUGCUGAUUGCCAAGGGACUGGGUUUCGUGCCAAGUGGCUCGAAGAACCUCCUAUUAACAAAUGAGGAAAGGAAGUUAAUCAUACUGUAAACUUUUCCAUUUCACAGUAAACUAGCUACUUUUAUGGUCCUCUGUCCAUAUUCUCCAUAUGUAGCUAUGGUAAUUUAUUUCCCUGUAACUGCAUCAAUUCCAUGCCUAUUGUGACAUGUUCUUAAUUAUUCAACAUACAUUUUCUAUAACAUGAGUACCAAGAGGUAUUUUUUGCUCUAUCUCACAAA